UUAGCUAACAAAAUAAAUCAUAUGUAUCAUGAUAUACAAAAUGAAGUACCAAAUAAAAGUAAAUUUUUAGUAAACAAGCUAGCUCGAGCUCGACUCAGCUCAUUAAUAAACGAGCUCAGCUCAAACUGGGGUAAAACUCUACUCGGCUCGGCUCAUUUGCAACCCUAUGUGGAAGGGGUGCAUUUCUCAAAAGCCUUUAAUAUAUUUUAAGAUUUUUUUGGAUUAAUGGGUUGGUGGAUCAAUCCUUGAACCCAUGAAUCCAAUCCACCAAUCCAUGAAUUAAUAGAUAUGGAUCUAAUCAUGGCGUGGAAACAAGGAUGUAGAGUGAUCCAAGUGGAAUCGGACUCGAAGUUAGCUCUGGAGCUGGUGAACAAGCGUACAGACCCCGUUCACCCUUAUGCGACCCUUUUGGCGGCGAUUCGUCGGUUUUUGGCUCAGGACUGGGUGGUGCGACUCUCCCAUACAUACCGGGAAGGGAAUAGAGUCGCGGACUGGCUCUCGAAGCACAGUCUCGUCUAUCCCUACGGUAUGUAUGAGUUGUCAAACCCACCCAACGAGCUUACCAGGCUGCUCAAUGACGAUGUUAGAGGCAUCACAUUCACUCGGAAUGUGGUGGUGUCAACUCCCUCUCCCAGUGCUUAAUUUCCUCCCUCUCCCCUUGUAAUUUCUGCUUCUGUGGCUUUUGCCUCCGCUGAUGCAAAAAAAAAAAUAGAUAUGGAUCUAAUGGACUUGGAUAAAUCUAGUUGGAUUUAGAUCCAUUUUAAAUGGAUUGGAUUGAAUUCAUGGAUUUCACUUGCCACCCUCUAGACUCUAGUAACACCCGAACUAUUUUACCUCUAUAUAGUGUUGAGAGCUGCUUUUUCUGAGGAACAUGCCCACAACCCACAUGUUAGAACGGGCCAAGGUUGCUUGACACAUGGCUGAUGUGAUGAUCUACGUAACAGGUGAAAUCUGGGCCUCCCCUCCUCGCCACCUUCUGUGUCAAUUUUGCAAAGCCCGGUAGCUAAAUGACAUCAAUGGUUGUCACUCACGCCGGCCGGUGGCCACCGGUUGUACUGUACCUGGUUCAACUGUUACCGGUCAUUAAACCGGCGUGACACCACAGGUAUGAUCGAUAUACGAAUCUCUAAGUAAAAUGAUCUUAGUUUA